CGGGACGGAGGGAGCCGAGGCCCGAAGGGACCGGGAGGGGCCGGCGGGGCCGCCGCGGGUGCCGUCCCCCGGGGGCGAUGGUAAAAUGACCCAGGCGGGCAAGAAGAAGAAGCGCGCCGUGAACCGCAGCAUCAUGCUGGCCAAGAAGAUCAUCAUUAAAGACGGCGGGACGCCUCAAGGAAUAGGCUCACCUAGUGUCUACCACGCCGUUAUUGUAAUCUUCUUGGAGUUUUUUGCUUGGGGACUCCUGACAGCUCCCACUCUGGUGGUUUUGCAUGAAACCUUCCCAAAACAUACAUUUCUAAUGAAUGGUCUAAUUCAAGGAGUAAAGGGCUUAUUGUCGUUUCUCAGUGCCCCACUCAUAGGUGCCCUGUCUGAUGUGUGGGGACGAAAGUCCUUCCUGCUGCUAACAGUGUUUUUCACCUGUGCACCAAUACCACUAAUGAAGAUCAGCCCAUGGUGGUAUUUCGCUGUUAUCUCCGUGUCUGGAGUUUUUGCAGUGACAUUUUCUGUAGUUUUUGCAUAUGUAGCAGACAUAACCCAAGAACAUGAGAGAAGCAUGGCCUAUGGUUUGGUUUCAGCAACUUUUGCGGCAAGUUUAGUCACCAGCCCCGCUAUCGGUGCCUACCUUGGUCGAGUGUACGGAGACAGCCUGGUUGUGGUCCUGGCUACAGCAAUAGCCUUGUUGGACAUUUGUUUCAUCCUUGUUGCUGUACCAGAAUCGCUGCCAGAGAAGAUGAGGCCAGCAUCCUGGGGAGCACCCAUUUCGUGGGAGCAAGCUGACCCUUUUGCAUCACUGAAGAAAGUCGGCCAGGACUCCAUUGUGCUGCUAAUCUGCAUAACAGUCUUUCUUUCCUACCUCCCAGAGGCAGGUCAAUAUUCCAGCUUCUUCCUAUACCUCAGACAGAUAAUGGGAUUUUCAUCUGAAAGUGUUGCAGCAUUUAUAGCAGUCCUUGGGAUUCUUUCCAUUAUUGCACAGACAAUAGUUUUGAGUUUACUUAUGCGGUCCAUUGGAAAUAAAAAUACCAUCCUGCUGGGCCUAGGAUUUCAAAUACUGCAGCUUGCGUGGUACGGCUUUGGAUCAGAACCAUGGAUGAUGUGGGCAGCCGGUGCCGUGGCAGCCAUGUCCAGCAUUACUUUCCCAGCUGUCAGCGCCCUCGUUUCACGGACUGCUGAUGCCGACCAGCAGGGUGUUGUUCAAGGGAUGAUAACAGGCAUUCGAGGACUGUGUAAUGGUUUGGGACCAGCACUUUAUGGUUUUAUAUUCUAUAUAUUUCACGUUGAAUUGAAUGAACUGCCCAUGCCUGAAUCACCAUCAGGAGGUAGUGUGGUUGCACAAUACCAUUUACAACAGAAUUCCAUAAUUCCUGGACCCCCAUUCUUAUUUGGAGCGUGCUCUGUGCUGUUGGCGCUACUUGUUGCCUUGUUUAUUCCUGAACACACAAACCUAAAUGUACGAUCCAGCAACUGGAAGAAACACUGUGGCAGCCAUGGCCAUCCCCACAGCCCACAGGCUCCUGGUGAAGCUAAAGAACCAUUACUGCAAGAUACAAAUGUAUGACGAAAAUCCAGGAAGACCUUUUGGACUUUUUGCAUCAGCAGUUUGGGAUACACAUUCCAAUUCCAUCAAAAUGUAAUUUCUUAAGGUAAUCUUAAGAAGUAUCUUUCUGCAUGAAAUCUAUAGGAAUUAAAAGAAAACAGGAGCUUUCUCCAAAGAUGUUGCCAUUGAACUUAAAACUUACUUGCUUUUCUAAACAAACUGUUACAUACUCGUCUCUUGCCAUGAAAUACUGUUACUGCUAAACUUAACUUUACAUUCUAGUUCAGAGACAAAAAGUAGAGUCCAGGCAUGAGCAUGUGUCCUUCUGUUUCCUUACGGUGGUGAGCUUUAAUUCUAGUCACGCUACGUCUCAAUGAGACAUACUGGCAUCCGUGUGGACCCAUUCGUUUUAAAAUCUUGGGUCAGUUGAUUCAAAGCCUUAAUGUAAAUGUACUCAAGUAGGAAGAAGGUAAAUUGGUAUCAUUUCUUUUAAAAGUCACAUGGCAGGUUUUUUUAAGUUUGUACUAAUACAAAAAUCACAUGAGCACGCUUGCUGAACAGUAAAAGUUAUUUUUUAUGUAAGUGCAUUUACUCUUUCUAUUUUUGAAUAAACGGUAGUGUCAAACACUUGUUUAAAUAGUAAGUGGGUGUUUUGAGCCUACAAAUUUUAAUAUUGGCUCUAAAACUCUGCUUUCCUACGCACCGUUUAUUAUACCACUAUAUUUCUGAUGUUUGCGUAAUCAUAAGGACCUCAAAACUUGAAAACACAGACUGAACUAUAAGCUGAUAGCCUUGAAUCUGUCCGUGUGCUAUAUAGUGGCCUUUGAGGACUGUCACAAUAACCCUUUUGCAUUACAGAGCUAAAGUUUUAGUCCUAAAUUUUCAGGACCCUUAGUACAGAAGAGAGCUUUAUAUACAAUUACUGAUGUGAAUUUCUCUAAAAGUGUAUAUUUUUGUGUCCGGUUGUAUUAUUUAAGUGUUCCUUUGUAUAAAUUUGUGUAUAAAGUAUUGUAUAGGUUUAAAAUGUUUUCAUCUUGUGGUUAUUGCUUAAUGCUUUUUUACCUUUGAACAUUCACCAUGGUUGACCAAGAGCAGGAAAAAAAUAUGUAAAUAUACUGUUAAUAAAGUUGAAUAUUUUAAUGAAUUUUUAAA